AUGUCGGGUGUCUCGAUUCCUGCCAGCUUGUGGAUCCAAGGCUUGGCCGCUGUGGGCCUUCUCAUUAUCACCAAGUUGAUAUGGGAUGUCUAUUUUUCAGCCUUGAGACUCAUCCCCGGACCAGCUCUCGCGAAGAUCACGGAUGUCUGGCGCGCCGUGCAUACGUAUGGCGGACGUAUCGACCUCAAGCAUGUUCAGCUGCACCGCAAAUACGGGACCGCUGUCCGGGUUGGGCCUAACUGUGUGAGCAUCUCGGAUCCUGGGCUGAUCCGCACGAUUUACUCAACCCGCAAUCCUUGGAAGAAGAGUGACAUGUACCGUCCUAAUGAUGUACUACUCGAAGGCCACCGACUGUCGAAUCUGUUCAACACCCAGGAUGAGGACUGGCACAACCAGAACAUUCGCCCAAUCCGGGGACUUUGGACCAUGACAAAGGUCCUAGAAUACGAGCCACUGAUUGACGAAACAAUCACCAAGUUUGUGGACAAGCUUUCUCUCAGAUUCGUCGAUUGCGGAAAGGUCUGUCCAAUGGACGAGUGGAUCGGUUUCUUCGCCUGGGAUGUCACGGCGAACUUCAGCUUCGGUCGUCAUUAUGGGUUUCUCGAUCAAGAAAAAGAUGUCGAUAAUCUGAUCACGGACUCAACGGCUGGCCUGAAGUACUUUGCACCGGUCUCUCAAAUGCCAUGGAUCGACAACAUCCUGGACAAGAAUCCCAUUAAGCGCAUUGGGCCCAAGCCCACACUGACGGGUGUGCUAUACGCAUUCAAAGUAGUGGCCGAGUAUCAAAUGCAAUUAGCCGAAAACAAGAUCGAAGGCACUGUCGACCACACGCUUGAUAAAUACGUACAACUGAAGAAAACAAACCCGGAGAUGGUCAACGACAACCAGAUAGUAAAUUGGCUCAUGCUCAGCAUCUUGGCUGGAGGCGAUACCAGUUCUGCCACCAUGCGAGCCGUCCUUUACUUCUUAGCAAAGUCUCCUUCAGCGAUGGCUCAACUCAUCACCGAGCUUCAAGGCGCCGCAUUGCCCACCCCCGCCCCAUGGAAGCAGGUUCGCGACCUGCCAUACCUGGACGCUGUUAUUCGCGAGGCUCUCCGUAUGAAUCCGGGCAUUGCUAUGGUCUUCGAACGUGUCGUUCCACAGGGCGGAUUCACACUCCCGGAUGGACGGUAUCUCCCUGCAGGAACUAAAGUCGGGAUCAACCCUUUCGUCACCAGUCGUGAUUCUGGCGUCUUUGGAAAUGAUGCCGACGAAUUCGAUCCGGAUCGCUGGUUGCAAGGGAGUGAUGAGAGCUUGGAGCACUAUGAGGAACGUUCGCGUCGGAUGAAGGAUACUGUCGACUUUGUCUUCGGUGGAGGUGGUCGUGUCUGCAUGGGCCGGUAUCUGGCUGUGUUGGAGAUCAAAAAGCUGAUUGCGACGCUGUACAGCACAUUCGAUAUUCAAUUGGUAGACCAAGGCCAUGGGUGGAAGUACCACAACGCCUGGUUUGUAUAUCAGUACGACAUGCCGAUGAUCAUCCGACGGCGAUGA